UUGAAAUAUAAAUAUGCCACGUACUCAAAAAGUUAUAAUCUCAAGUUAGUAGUUUUCACACGAAUGACGAAUGUGCGCACGAAAUGCCAAGGAUCUAAAAAGCCUUGCGCUGAAGACCCAUGCAAAAAAGCUACAUGCAAUACUACAAGUGAUACAUUGAUUUGUGUGCCAGAUUAUUGCGAAUGUACUCAUAAAUUUGUAAAUGAGUUUGAUCAACCAAUAGCAUGCGGAAACCCGAUUUAUAAACCCGAAGAAGUGAAAUGCCCACAUGGAUCAAUGCAUAGCAGAUCAUCCAGAUGCAAAAUACCCGAUACUUGUUCAAUAAUAUGCAAAUCUGACCCUGAAGCAAUUUGCAUCCAUGAAUGUGGGAGUUGUAAACCGAGCUACUUGGACCGAAGAGGGAAUAGAAUCAACACAGAAAACUGCUUGUGACGUACACAAUACAGAUUUUCUCAUUCAACGCAAUAAGCCACAACGGCAAUAACUGGAUGUAAAUAAACUGUAAUCUUGCC